AACGAAGGCUCUACCCUAGCAGAUCCUUUUUCAGUAGGUCUGAGAUAGAGCCCAGAAAGGUGCACUUGUAAUAAAUCCUGCCUCCGACGUCAGAUAACAUGAGUUCAAGGGUAACGGGCUCCACCCGUGAAUCCUGCUCCACCACUAGGUGCCUGGGUCUUGAAUCCCCAUAACCGGACAGAUACAGUCUGUAGGGGUUGCCGUGGGAAGUAGCUGAGCUAAUGCACGUCCCGUUCUCGGCUCCGGGAAGAACACACGCUAAGCGCAGAGAAUGGGCCUCACGGAAGCUUCCUGGGAGUUGAUUGUCCCUGAAGAAACAUGAAGACACACUGUGUUGUUACGCUUACUCUAGCCAUCCUGGUGUUCCUGACAUGGGUCCCUGUGUCACUGAGUUGUAACAAAGCACUCUGUGCUAGUGAUGUGAGCAAAUGCCUCAUUCAGGAGCUCUGCCAGUGCCGACCUGGAGAAGGAAAUUGUUCCUGCUGUAAAGAGUGUAUGUUGUGUCUUGGGACCCUUUGGGAUGAGUGCUGUGAUUGCGUUGGUAUGUGCAAUCCUCGAAACUACAGUGACACACCUCCAACCUCAAAGAGCACUGUGGAAGAGCUUCAUGAGCCAAUCCCUUCUCUCUUCCGGGCACUCACAGAAGGAGACACGCAGUUGAACUGGAACAUUGUUUCCUUCCCUGUUGCAGAAGAACUCUCACAUCAUGAGAAUCUGGUUUCAUUUUUAGAAACUGUGAACCAGCCACACCAUCAAAAUGUGUCUGUUCCUAGCAAUAAUGUUCACGCACCUUAUUCCAGUGACAAAGGUCUUUCAUUUUCUACUUUGUUCCUUGGAUUCUCUGAUUACUCUUUGAGUCCUAGUGGCUAUUAUGCCAUAAACAUAUGUGUACUGUGGUUUAUUUUGAUGACUGCAUGUCCAUACAUCAGUGUAAAAUAUCCUGUGAGUCCAUGGGAGCAUCCAAAUAUCGCUGGUUCCAUAACGCCUGCUGUGAGUGCAUUGGUCCAGAGUGCAUCGACUAUGGUAGUAAAACAGUCAAAUGUAUGAACUGCAUGUUUUAAAGGAGAAGAAUGCAAACCAAAGCAUUUUAGUCAACAAGAAAGAUUAUAAAAAACUAUUUGGUGAGGUCUACUGGUUGUACCAGGAUGCCAGCAGGUUAAGGAAAUAUAAGAAUUUGGACUGAGUUAAAGUAUGACGAAUGCAUUAAUGUGUUAAAUUAUAAGUAUAACUGCUCUGGUUGGUUUUAUAGCCCACUGGCAAUAAGCCCCUUCCUCUAUAUACAUUUACAGCUUUGGUCAUAUGAGAAGCAAGUACACAGAGAAUUCCUUGUAAGAUCUGAGGUCUCUGACAUAAAGCCCGAGGUCUCUUUUUUCUAGCAUUCCCAAAGCCUUUGGUUUUGAAAGUGUUCGAGGACGUUAACGUAAGUUAUGGUUUCUUCAUUUACUGCUCCUGAGACGCUGAGUUUUUCCAGUUGCACACUAGACGUCAUUCACUGUGCCUUGUCUCGUUUAUCUCUUCUGUAAAUAGGGUAGAUACUCAAAUAUAUCACCCUGAGAACUCCCGCAAAAAUCACUGUCAAAAGCUUAAUUUCAAAUCUUGUAAUGUUGGUUUUAGAAAGUAAACGCUUACUACAUUUUACAGUUUAAAACUUUUGCAUAGUAGAAUCCAUCCUGUAAUACACGUGCUGACAGAAUUUUGGGGAAGAUUCUCCUUCUACACCUCCUGCCCAAAGUACUGGUGUAGGUACUGGUGAAGAAUUUUCAACAGGAAUUUUAAAGCACACCUAUAUCACUGCAUUAAAUAUUCCACUAGGUAAAUAAUGAGAAAGUUACAGCAUUUCUCUGACUUAAGGUACCAGCUUAAAGAGCACUAGGAAUGGGAAAUGCCUGCCAAAUCAGACUCUACUUAGAGCUCCAGAGAAACAGCUUGUCCCGUUGUACAGAGAUGGCAAGGCUGAAAGGAGAAGCUGUGCUGCUAGGUAGAGAGAAUGAGCCCACUCAGCCUUAGCAUGGGCAGGGCCAUGUUCCCUAAUGAUGAAUGAUAGGAGGGGAUAAAGAAGAAACAUGGGUAUGAGCAGGGAGGGUUGAAAACGAUGACAAUUCUUCCGGGAAACAAACCUUAAACUAUUUGCAUUAAUUAUUUUGUUAUAUUAUAAUCUUUAGGUUUCUGUCUAGAUUGAAUGUUCUUAUUAAACAAGUAAUCAAUCAUGAAGUGGAAAGUUAAGAUUAUGAAAUGAACAAGAGAUCUGUUCAAGAUGAUGUUAACUUCAGAUACACUAUAGAUUAUUUUGUUUCACAUAUUUCGAUAAGGAUAAGCUUAAAUACAUGUACCCUUCAUCAUAAUAAAAUCCCAGUCAUCAAGCAUAAAUCUAAAACAUAAAUAUUUAUAUUACAAAGAUUCAUAACUUUACAAAAUUAUUAAUUUCUUCAGUACCUUAUGGAAUUACAAGUAACAUGUAGAAAUAUCUUUAUAUGUCUAAAUAUUUUAGUACAUAGAAAUAGGUAAGCUUUUAGAUACUUUGUAUUCAUUAUAUGAACAGUAGUUAGUUACAAGAUCAUAUGUAAUAUCAUGAUUAGCAUAAAACCUAAAGCCUUAAUACCUUUUCUGUUCUUUCAGACAACUCUAAUGAAUACAAGGUACUUUCCACAAACUUUUGGCCUUUUAAAAAAAAGCUGAAAUUUAGCUUUUAUAUAUUUUUUUAAUAGGAAAACAUUGGGAUAUCUUUUUCUUCCUUUACCUAGAAUGCCUCUGUUUAAAAGUGCCUUGAAGACAUUUUAGCUCCCCUUCCUCAUUAAUGCCUAUAAAGCUAAAACUUUUCUUAAAAACUUUAAACUUAAAAAAAAGAAAGUUUUAAAAGAAUCUGCAUCCAGCUUCUUCAUUUCCAUUUUGCUAUUCUUCAAAGUAAUUUUAUACCUAUGAAUAAAGAAAUCUUUUUGUGUUUAUGGAUGGCAUGUUUAAUGUUGCCUUAAAUAUGUCAACAAAUAUUUUUUAACUGCAUUUAUCACCUUGAUUAGGCUUUCAUCUAAGAUACUAAGUGUAGUAUCUCUUCUGCCCCUAUACUGGGAGAGUAAUUUCUUAAGCCAUGUUGUAUUUGGCCUGGUUUUCCUUACAUCUUUUUCUCCCAAUGGAAAUUACCCCAAAAUUAAUGGUAAUUUUUAUAUUCAAUUUUGCAUAGUUUUUGUGGUUUUUGAUGGGGUUGAAAGAUAGAGUUCACUUAAAAGAUUCCAUUUCCAGUUUAUAAUGUAUUUCAGGUUUUGUAUAUCAACGUUUUCCAAAUUAAAAAUAUAGCAUUUGAGAAAUCAGUACCCCCACUAAAAUUUAGACCUUUUAUUACCAUUCUAUAUACAAUUCACUUCUAUAUUGAAGCUCUGGUAAAAAAAAUUCUUUUUUUUAAUUCAAAAAUUAGGUUGUUAACUUUUUUUAUAACUAUAUUUAAAAAAAAAAACUAAAUCAGUAGGUAUUAUAAAAGCCAUAUGUAAAAGGUUCCUUCCUCGUUAGUUUUUUUGUCCCUCCCCGGCCCCACUAGCAUCUAAUUAUUACAGAAAUUGUACUCAAAAUAGUGGCACCAAAUCAAAUGAUAAUUCAAGUAAAGUAAGUCUUUGUUUACAUAGAAUGAUAUAAAGAGAGGCUUUCAUUUAAAAAAAAACUACUUCUAAAGAUUCGGAAAACAAAAUUGGUAAGAUAUUAGAAUAUUUGAACAAUUAUUUAUAAAGCAAAGUAACAUCAAAGUAGAGGAAAGAAACAAAGACUUCUGAAAAAUGAGGUAGAUAUAAAUAAGCCACUUAUUUAAAAAAUUUGUUUUUGUGAAAGCUUCUUUGAAGAUUUUAAAAAUCUAUUCUACAUUCCCCAGGGUAUUUGUUAAUUGUGUUUCACGUGAUCUACAACAUACAGAAUUAUGUAUUUUUUCCUUUGGUUGUCCCUAUAAGCAAAAGAGUAUUUUAAUAAAAACUUGAAAUGAG